CCCCGUCAUACUUCCUUUUGUCCAUCCAUCCAUCUAUCUCCGUUUUCUAUGCUCGGCCUGAUACAUACAUUCUUCUCCUCUUCGUUCGCAUAUUUGUCACUAAUUACGCCUUCUCCCCUAUCUGUCCCAUUAGACACAAUCUAGAUCUCACGCCUCCGCAACUCCGCGGCUACCCACAAUUCCGAACUCCACCGACUUCUCCAUUACAACCAUCACCUCUUCUCCUCACACGAGAUUUAUAGACCUGCGCGAGCGUUGCCGACUCGGCUUCGCGAUACUAUCAACCACAACAAGAGCGUUGAUCUACUCGUUUUCUACUUAUAUCUGAGACGUUCAAUACGAUAUCGGUGGUUCCAGUCCACCAACGACCCUACUACCUCUACCGAACGGCCAAUCUCACCCUAAAACUCGCACUCUACAAGUUCACCCUUUCCUACCCAGUCAACACAAUGUCUACGAACCGACCAUUCCUGGCCAACUUUCUCGCGGCCUUUCGAGCGCAGUCAACAUUCAAAGCCUCCACCGCCGGCACUCAGUCUACAACAUCAGCCUCGAUAUCCUCUGCUCAGAUUUCCCAGAGCGCUGCUCGAGCAAUCGCCACGAAAGCCAGCAACAACUCCGAUGCAUCCUCCACUUCCUCCUCCACGGCACACCAUUACCAUCACCACUCCUCGUCCUCACACUCUCGUCCGCAUUCCCACCAUCGCGGCCCCCUGACCCACGGCCAAGGCCAGGAGCAGCCCAGCCCCGCAUCCCCGCCCCCGUCAUCAACCGCGACUCCACCAGCCGCAUCGUCUCCCCCACCAACCCCAGCCGCCUCGAACCCUAUUCCCAUUACGAACAACCAUGGUCGUCAACGGCGUGGGAGUGAUAGCUCCAGCGGGUCUGGGGGAUUUCGCGACGCUCUCGGUCCGGAGAAGUGGUAUAUCGGCGGCCGGACGCCUGCCGGCGAAGAGAGGUUCUACCGCCUAGGCAUGGUCACCAAGGGAGGGGGCCGCCUCGGAGGGAGCGGCCGGGUAGGGAGUAUCGAUCAGUUAAGUCUCUGAGAGUGUAGUAAAAGUCGCUUGAUGCGAGCUAUUUCGUUCUCAUGACUCUUUCUUCUAUCCUCUAUAUACUUUCGGCGUGAGAUCCCUAUCCUGGAAAUCAGGCGGCGAAUGGGACAGGUGUUGGGAAUGGCUUUCGGUCUCGGUCUUGAGAAAAAAAUUUGCUUCAGUUUGUUAGGUGUUUUCCCGUGCGCCUCGGGUUGUUCUUGCAAAGAUUGGCGAUUGGGCUUGGUGUUCAAGCUUGACCUUAUACGCGCGUUGUUUUCGCUCAGUUCUUGGGGCGAAGAGGGUGAGAUCGGGCUAGAAGUGAGAAACAUGUAUAUGAACAAUGAUAUCUUCUCUCAUGCAGCUAGCGGGUGCGGGCAUGUUCUUACUGUAUGCUUAUCCCUUGAGAGGUAGUUCUCAAUCAAGCAAGGAAAGAGGGCAUUACGUCCGAGUCCGACAGCGGCAUAGUUUCGGCUUAGCUUGGG